UUCCCUUUCAAGUGUUAUUUUUGGAUAUUUUAGAAUCAAAAAAUUGUGUCUACGCACUUAAAAACUCUUAAAGUGUCAAAAAUUCAUAAACUUUUUCGGUAUCAAAAAAUACUUUUUUUAUUUGUGGCGUGAAAUAUUUUUUUCUCUUCUAAAUAUUUCUAAUGUCCUACAUAGUUGAUAAAUGACUAGUUCAUGUAAGAAAACUGGCCCGUUUCAGUUUUAUUUUUCGCUAAAAAAUGUGGUGUUAUAAUUGCUGUGCAAGUGUAUAUGAAAAUGUGAUCUGAAAACUUGAAGGAGAAAAAAAUUAAAUAAACCACGACGACCGAGAAGAAAAAACUUCCUGUUCAACCAGCAGCCAAGAAAGUUGAUUUGGCAAGCUUGAGUAAUGUUAUAUUCUUAUGAAAUAGUGAAUAUGAAGCAGAGAGUGUGGGAUAUUAUUGAUAAUAUUAUGUUGAAUUGAGAUGAAGUUAUUUACAUUCAUAUAGGAUAUAAAAAUAGUCCACAAUGGUGAUAGGCGAAGCAACACAACCAGCCGGGCCUGGUCAAAUGACCGGUCCGCCCGGUGUACUUCAAGAAAAAAUUGACAAUAUUAUGGGCGGAAUUAGCAACACAGGCACAGUAAAAAUGAAUAAUCAUAGGAAAAAGCUUCGACAAAGAUUUGACAUUAUUAAGAAAUUAGGUCAAGGUACUUAUGGUAAAGUUCAAUUGGGUAUUAAUAAAGAGACUGGUCAAGAAGUAGCCAUAAAAACUAUUAAGAAAUGUAAAAUAGAAGCCGAAUCAGAUCUGAUACGUAUUCGACGUGAAGUUCAAAUUAUGAGCUCCGUACAACAUCCGAACAUUAUUCACAUAUAUGAAGUAUUUGAAAAUCGAGAGAAAAUGGUUCUUGUGAUGGAAUUCGCAGCUGGUGGGGAAUUGUACGAUUAUUUGUCAGAAAGAAAAGUUCUUGCGGAAGAUGAGGCGCGUCGGAUAUUCCGUCAAGUGGCGACAGCCGUAUAUUAUUGCCAUAAACACAAAAUUUGUCACAGAGACUUGAAAUUAGAAAAUAUUCUUCUUGAUGAACAUGGAAAUGCAAAGAUUGCUGAUUUCGGUUUAUCGAACGUUUUUGACGAUCAACGACUGCUGUCAACGUACUGCGGAUCACCACUUUACGCGUCACCUGAAAUUGUUAAAGGAACCCCUUACCAGGGCCCUGAAGUCGAUUGUUGGUCUUUGGGCGUUCUUCUUUAUACUCUAGUCUACGGUGCUAUGCCAUUCGAUGGCUCACAAUUCAAAAGACUUGUUAAGCAAAUUAGUCAAGGCGAUUAUUACGAACCGAAGAAACCUUCGCCGGCGUCGCCUUUAAUUAGAGAAAUGUUGACGGUAUGUCCGCAACGAAGAGCAAAUAUUGAGCAGAUAUGUAGUCAUUGGUGGGUGAAUGAAGGUUAUAGCGGUUCCUGUCUAGACAUCGCAGAGGACUUAGCAAAUCAAACGCCUGUUCGGCUGGAUGUGUUGCUAUCACUGUCUCCGCCAUCGGUAACAGCAGACCAAUUAGUUGUUCCAUCUGGAGAUGAUCCCAAGUCAAAUGUUCCCCGUUCACACUCGGUGGGAUCGAUACGGGAAAUAGGGAAUACCGAAGCUGAACGUAGGAUAUUGGAUAUGGUUGCAGCUGGGGGUGAAGCUGCCCUUAUGCCAUCUCCAACAAGAACCAUCACUCCCAACGAGAGUCCCGUUCAGCCAAAACGUAAACUCGAGAACACAGUCUCUACGGAAAAUGCAGUUGGAAUCGUCAAAAAGAAAGAAAGACCAGGUGACCAAGGAGUCGCGCAGAAUGAAGUGGAAGAAAUGGAAGUUGAUCAAGAACAAGACACUGCUUGUCUCGAAGAAGGUCCGGCGAAGACAAGUACUCAAAAAGAUUUGACGAAUGUAGAAAAUGCCUGUGAAGAACUAAUGGAUGAGACAUUGCCUAACCGUGUAAAUGAAGAUGGAGUGAUUCCACGGCAAAGGACAAUUAAUAAACUUGACGCAGUUAAAGAGAGCGAUGAAAGUCCUCCGCCAACGAAAGAAAUGAGUCCUCAGAAGGUAAUUAAGAAAUUCGUGAAUAAACACAAGACAGCAGACCUGGUAGCAGCUAUAAACAAAAUGUCCGAGGAUAAGAAUGAAGAAUUGCAAAGAUCUCAGACAACAGCGGAUCGAAAAGGCAGCCUACAAGAUGAGAAUCGACGACGAUCCCGUAUUAUGGAGACAGCUGAGAAGUUCCAAAACUUGAACACUUCAGCUAGCGAUAAGCCUAAAAAGUUUGUGAUUCCGGGAGGUAGUGUGAGUAACUAUAAGAAAGAAUUCGAACGUAAGGCGGCCGAACCAAGCUCGAAAUCAAACUCGCCGGAAGAAAUUUCGCCAACAGAUAGUGUUAGGAAGGAAAGUGUACAAACUCCAUCCGAGGCACCAGAAACACCAGGAAAGCCAUCCCCGAAACAAAUUGAACUCUCGGAAAGCGAGUCCAAAACUUCGGUGGAGAGUUUCUCUUUGAAAGAAGCUCGGCGCUCUAUGGAGAACUCAAUAGCACUGCUUAAUCAAGCCAAGGAAGAGUCCUCGCGAGAAGUGGAACAAUUAUGUGCCAAGACUGAAAAUAUUGCAGUCACAGAGCCUGAACGCGAUCGCGAAAAGAAGAAGGCAAGGGAAAUUAUUGGAAACGCUAUUAAUCCAACGAGUCGGUUGUGUAUGGGUGUACGAAAACCUCCGGUGCCUUUCGGAAUAAAUGGCAGAUCUAUUUCGGGUAGUGUUGUCCCGCCUAUGAAUACUGAGAAGAAAACAAUGCGUGUUCAAAUGGGUCCUGAAUCGGGUGAUGUUCGUACCGCAACGAUCUCUGUGUCUACACCUGAACAACGAAUUUAUGAAAAGGAGCCACAAGCACAAGCAACGAUUAAAGCAACUACUGCUCAACUUGAAGGUUCACCUCCACCAAGCACGACGAAAACCUCUCGCGCCGAAAUUACAUUGAAGUCUGCAACGCUUCCACGUCGCAAACCGGGAAAAACUGAAAUUCAAUUAGAAAUAAAACCGCGCCAGACUGAGCCCACAAUGCGAUUCUCCACUGAAAUGCAACACCAAGUUCCCGAUUUGCGCAGUGCGCCAGUGCGGGAAGGACCUUAUAGCCCAAUUUCAACGCAUCUUCAUCAACGAGCCACAAGUGUUGAACCGACUGUUAGAGAACAUGUCAUCCCAAUCCAAAGACCUUCCGCGUAUGUACGAUCCGGAUCCUAUAGGUCGGGUUCUUUGUCACGUCAAUCGACCAAUGAAUCCGAUACGGAUACAACGACGACAGGCGCACAAUCACAGUCUACUAUUACCACCGGGACGUCACAGCCAAUCAAGAAAAGCCCUCGUGAAUUUAUUAUCCCUAUUGCUGUAGAAGGUGGUGGUUAUGUCACGCCGCGUGCCGGCAGCUUAGAACCGUCCGAUUCUGGCCAUACAACAAGCAGCACCGCUUUCAGUAGAACUAAUAGGCCACGUCGUGUUGGUUCACUAUUCACUGAAGAAGAGUCCGGCGAUGAUCACUUCCAUAAAAUACGCACGACUUCUAUAAAUAGGGAUAUUGAUGCAGAGGAACCACGUUUUACUAUGCAUCGACUCAGGAGUACCCGCCCCAUUAAAAAGCUUAGCCAAGAUACUAACGACUCACAGAGUUCCGGAGAAGAUGACGAUGAGGAUGGCUUUGAAAUUCUAACGGCUGAAAACCUGUUCUCUACAUUAUUGCAAAGGGUCCGUGCACUGACCAAUCGAUUGAAUGUGAACAACGAUCUGACUGCAGGCUUCCCGAAUUCAUCACGUCUACUUGGUAACAUGAGACAAGCACACAGUCCAUUCUGGCAACAAGAACCGUUUGGAAGAUCUCAAUUCAGCUAUUCGUUUAAGAGUGAAACGGUUGAGAAAAAACAAGUGUUAAAUAGCAACUCGGGUGCUGGAGCAGCUUGGCGACAUAGCUUUUCUCGUGAUCUGGGCUCGGACAUUGACUCGAUGUUCUCCCGAACUGGAGCGACACUUCCUAGAGGUUCGAAAAAAGAUAAAAGCCAACAAAAAUCAUCCCUUACAUCAUCAUCAUCAUCCAAAAGUAAAGAAAAGGAUAUUGCUCUCGACUUGGCCGAUUUGGAUCUAUCACGCCUUCGUCUUACAAAAAAAGAUCUUGAAACUCUAUCAACAAUUACUCCAAAUUUACCAAAGUGCUUCCAAGAACAACUUCUAGCGAAACUUCCGCCGACACAAGCUCGUAAAUUGUCACGUACGCUAUCAAUGCAAAACAACUCCGAAUCAGGAACAGCAGGAUCUAGUCGGGUUUAUAAAAGAAGUUUAAGUGGUGGCCGCGAAAUGUCAGAGAAACCUGGCAGCGGGUCAUCAGAAAAUCGUAGCACCUGUGAAAAGGAUCAUAUUAAAGACUCCACUGAGCGCUCGGAAAUGUCUAGUAGUAGUUACGAACGAUCAUUGGACAAUCGAAGAGGUAGCAUGGGUAGGGAAAGGUAUGGAUAUGAAGCUGCGGCUGCGAAAUCGAGAAGUUCGAGCACAUGCAAAAGUGGCGACGACUACAGUAGAUCGCUCUGUUCUUCUUAUACCAGCGAUGUUAGUGAUCGGUAUAAAUACUAUUCACCAUAUCUUACAAAAAGGUCAAAUUUGGAACGACCAGUUUCGCCAUAUUUCGACAAGGAGAGCGACAUUGAUCGAUCGAUUUCGCCGUACAAGUACUACGAAGGUAGCUCUUCUCCCCGCAAUUCUUGCUUUAGUCCCGUCAAGGACGUAUAUGGUCGGCCCCCAAGUGGCUGUUUAUCUCCGCCGCCAGUUCUGAACGACGGUUCUUUGCGACGCAGAUCUUCUCAGAGGCGUGUGUCCCGCUUUCUAAGACCUGACUUUUUCGAAGCUCCACUUAAUGAAGAAAAUGCCUAUUUGAGAGAGAAGAAAUUGCGCGAGAGGGAAACGCAAAAUGUCCUCCGAGAAAUUCGUGAGAAAAGUCGAGAUCGUAGUAAGGACCGAAGAAAUCACAGCGUUGAAAGAUUGCUAAGUAAUGAUGAUAAAUUAGAAAAUAUUGAACGUCCAUUAAGUAUUCGACAUGUGCGUAAUAAAAGUGUAGACAGAUUUAUAGAAACAGCUUCUAAGGAAAGUGAUGAUCUCUUGCAACGCAGACGACGAAGUGUUUCUCGACCAAGGGAAAUCGUGGAUGAAAACGUUAGUAAUCAAAUUUUACAAUCAAAACAGUCAACUCGAGUUGCCCAAGAAAACGUUCCAAACGAGGAACUUACCGAACAACGAAGAAGGCGAAGUAUUUCUAGAACAAAGGAGUCAACUGAACGCAUGCCGGUAGAACGCUUUGAUGCUAGUGAUAUUGCUAGUAAAAUCCUAGAAGAACUCCAAAAUAUAUCUUUAAAUACCAAGACUAAUAAUAUACCAAAAGAAAUCAAUUUAUCCAAUGAAAAUCGACCGACAAUAAUAGAUGAUAGUCCGAAAGAUAAGCUCGUUAAAGUCAAGAAAGUUAAACCGAAAGAUUCUUCUUUAAAGAAAGAAAAGAAACUCUCGACUACCAGCUCUUCCGAGAAACAGAUCGAUUCUAAAGCUUCUAGCGAGGAAAAAGUCAAGAAAGAAUCUAAACUGAUCAGACCUAAAUCAUAUCCCAUCAAAGAGCCUGAGAAAGGUUUAUCUGUAAGUUGUGUUAAGUUUGAAGAAUCCAGUCCUUCACCUCCAGAAAAAAGUGAAUCUCCGAAAGAAAUUAAAUCUUCAGGUGAGGAUAAGGAUAAGAGCCGUAUAAUUCGUCCGAAAAGUUAUCCGAACUCGAAAAUCACACCGCCGAAGGAUUUCAAAAAGUUCAGCCGUAGUGGAAUGGGGAUUUCAGCUGUGAUGGAAAAACUUAUGGAAAAAGCGGAAAAGCCUAGUAAUGGAGCUGCUGUAAAAAAAGUUGCAUCAAAAUCAAGUAGUUCUGAAGACAGACAAUCAGCAGGUAAAUCCAGCGACUCCCCAACUAUUACUGAACAAAAACCAGUAAAGAAGGUAGUAAAGAAAAAAGUGGUGAAAUCCGAUUCAAAGCAGAGCCCUGGAGAAAAGGCAACGUCGACUGAUCCUGGUACAAGUGGUACUGACGAAACACCCAAGAAAGAUAAAUCACCGGAAAAGAAGGUUAGUAAGGGAUUGCUCUAUGCAAUUGGUCAGAAAUUUAAAAAUCUUCAGGAGAAUGCCAAGAACAGGGAAAAAAAAUUAGCAGCGUCUACUACAAUAUCAACUGUCGAAGCUGAUGCCGCAGAAACAAGUCCAAAAGAGGCUGAUGUCUCCGUUACAGUUGUUUUGAAAAAGAAGAAAUCAAAGUCAAAUGUAACUGCAGAACCAAUAUCUCCUGAAAAAGAGGUUGGAAAGAUCCCUUCACAAAAAGUAGAAGAAAAAACGAUAAAGCCAGACAAGCGUUCAAGAAUUGAUGCUAUGAUUCGUUCAUUACGUGAAAGAUCAGUUCCGCGUGCACCUGUAAUGACUGAAUCAGGAUUAAUUAAACGAGCUGUUAGUGUAGAAGAUGUUUCUGGCGCAUUCAAUAAAUGCGGAGUAAAUAAAGUGCUCGGCUUAUUUAAAAAAUAUGAAAAAGACGGAGUUGAGAGGAAAGUUAUGAAUGCUCGAUCUACCAGCAACAUUGAAAGACAUAUUGCCAAUGCUUUCGUGCACAAGGAACGGCCGAAAUCGAGUGGUUUCAUGGGAAAACUGAAACGAAAUUCAGGUGGUUCUACUAGUACAGAUACUACCAGGGAAAAUAUUCUCCACGAGCCAGAAGUAGUUGCAGACUUGAUUAAAAAUAAUGUUCCAUCACAGCCUGUGGCUCAAAUAAUUACUUCCUCAAAAGAGCCAUGUCAAGACUGUAUUCAAGAGCUUAGCAUGGAGCCUCGUAAACGGAACACCAUGAAAAAUGAUAUUGAAGAUCAGGAGAAAUCAAAGGAAAAACGGAAAGGAUUAUUGUUAGAUUUUUCGAAACUGGAUAAUCUUAAUAGCAAAUCUAGAAUUAAUAAUAAUCUAUCGAACAACUACAAUUCUUUAUCCUUCGGAACUUUAAACAACAACAAUAGCUUCAUUGGUAAUAAUUGCGAAAUCAAUCAAAAUACUCUUCUUACGCCUUCCAACGAAAAUAUGACAAAUUAUUCAUCGAGCUCAAAAAGCCCUCAGGAUGACUGCCCCUCUUCGAGUACAUUCCUAUCUCCAAGCGAAGAGCCUGAACUAUGCUUUGAUAACUGGUCCGUCUGUUCCGAAGACAACUAUGGAGUCUCUACGCCGUCACCAACAGUAUCGCGUUUAUCUCGAACUUCACAACUCUCAUCACCUGUUUCUCUUGAUGCAAAUAAUCCUGAAAGUGUUAUUGAUCGAAUUAAGCGCCGCAGCUUCUACACCAGGUUUAACGAAAAAAAGCCAAAAAGGCAGAGCAAUAUUGUUGGACCGGGUGCUCGUGAUUACUAUCGUGAAUCAGCCGCGAAGCUCCGGUCUCGCCCGCCCGAUCGAAUAUCCUCACCUGAAAUUGAUAAUGCUACCAAUACCACACCAGAAUAUCUAAGACCUCUUAAACUAAGCACAAAUAUAUCCGAUUUGAAACCACCUUUAGUGCAGGUGCGACGCAGGUAUGAUGAUGACAUCAAACAUAUAAAUCCGACUAGCACUACUGAUUUUCUGAAGCCAAGCCGAUCAACGUACAAUGACAUGUUGCCACCGAUGAAUUCAAUUAGUAAAAGAUAUGGAGAAACAGAUCACAUUCGUCGUUAUGAACCAUCAUAUGCAUCCAGUCUCUACAAUACUUAUAGUCCGAAACGUCGUUCAUCUUUCACUUCAAAUGGAUAUGUCCCAGUGUCAUCAUCGACUACCACAACAUCGUCGGAUCGAAUGAAUAAUAUCGAAGGCUAUGCAACGCUCGGAAGACUAAUGAAUUCAACACAGAACACUGCCAAAUCACCAUCAGUUGGUGCCUUUAGACGGGAUCAUCAACGAACUGCAUCCGAUUUUGGAAACCUUCCUAAAUCCAAUAUCAAUCUCCGUAACUCAUCACGAAGUCCCACGAAUAUUUGAUCCACCGUUACAACCUCCACCAAAACAAUAAACACCACCUCCACUACAGCCACUAUCAUAAAAACAACAAAUAGCAUUUCAGCCACAAAACCAAACUCAGCAUUAGAGACAACAUCAGCAUCAUCUAAACAACAGCAAUUUUGUAUUUUAUGCUACUAUUUAAAGAGAUCAUCGAAUGAAACGAAAUUGAAGGAUAAGAAAAGAAUACAGUAGACUGAAAUCACUAAUAUAAAUGGAAGCGGAAACGAAGAAAAGUUAAAUGAAUAAGUUGUUUUAAUGAAUGAUAUUUGUUUUCUACGAAAACCGACGAUAAAUUGACGAAUGUGAAAAAAGGAAGAAUUUUGUAACAUGUAGUAGUAGUAGUGUACCAGGAUAGCCAAGAUACAAAUCGGAGAAAUUGAGAAAAGUGCAGUCCAGUCAAAUUAGUUUAACGAGAUGAUGAUGAUGAAUUAUACGUAAAUUUUUAAUUAUAUUCGUAGUUAUGUCUAUAGACUAUUUUAUACAAAUCUGAAGGACUCUGGUAGAAAAACUGAUAUCAUGGAUCUAGAAAGUGAACCUUUUGGGAUAAAUUUUAACCAAAGAACUAGUCUCGUCCGUGCGGUUUUUCAGUUCAUCAAAUCAACUAUCAAGUUAUUACCAAAUCAAUUUAUAUUAUAGUGCCUUCACUCCUCACACAGGGGACAUGCAUACAUUUUUUUACUUCACUUAUAGAAUGGCUUAAUCAAUUUUCGAACGUUUCUUCAACUGUAGAAUAGAAAUUCUCGCUUUGGCGGGAAGAGAGGAAACUGCGUUUCUAUCUAAUCUAAGAAUUUCUUAAAGGAUAUUUUUUUAGAUAUUUAUCGUGAACAGAAAUCCACUUCAUGCCAUAUAUUAAAGUAUAAAUGAGUAAUAAAUUCUACGCUUUCGAUUUUAAUACAAUUCUUCUAAAUUUCUAUUACAAUUUGCCUGAAUGAUACCAAAUUCAAUAGACAAAAAAAAAACUUUGAAAAAAAUGUAUAAACUAAAUUGAACGGAGUUUUGCAAAUGUCUGAGCUAAUAUUAUUUUAUAUUCAAAUUUGUUAAAGUUGUGAGAAUAAGACGCGAAGAAAUUUACUGAAAUAGGAUUCUGAAAAAUAUGUGGAAUGAUAUCGAAAUUUAAUGCUAAGUUAAAUCGUAUCCAACAUUUUAUUUGUUAAGUUAUUAAAAUUUAUUUCUAUAUACUUUUGUUCGCUAGUAAAUAUUUUUAAUAUUAUACAAGACAUUAUGAUGAUGUACUUUUUUGCCACUAAAAUCUUUUAUAGCUUCAA